AUGGUCCAACUACAUAACUUUUUCUUUUUCAUUACUUCCAUGGUCGUGCCUCGUGGCACGGCAGCGCCCGUACUAUUGAAAUGGUUCGUCAGUAGAGAUGUUCCCACAGGUGCCCCUUCUUCCAAUGGUACUAUAAUUCCUAUUCCUAUCCCUUCAUUCCCUCUUUUGGUCUAUCUACAUUCCAAGAAAUUCAUACGCUCCACGGACGGAGCAAAAAGUGGAGUCUUGGUCAGAGCAAGCCGCCCCAUUCUAUUACCAGACAUAAUUGGGAGAAGCUCAUCCGAAACUAGAGCUAGAAACGCCUUAUUUCGUUUCGUUCCCGCUUUUCAUUUCCUUCUUCUCGAAUCCAAAGGGGACUUCUCCUAUUUAGAAUCUUUCUGCGGUGUGCUCCGUUUACUAUUCUUUCGUACUUUCUUCUCUUUACCACGCGAUAGGUCAGCGAAGCGUGAGCGGGCGCGGAGAAGGAAACGCCAAACACUUCGGCCUAACGGGAAUCAGCAACGACGAAAUGACAAGAUGAGGUGCCCCGGGCACCCCCAUUUAGAAGGAAGGGUCGAAGGUUUUGGGCCUGUAGCUUUCCCCGUCCCCCCCUCGUCGGGCGGUGCUUGUGUGGGGGGUGCGCAACCAGAAAUCGGGCUUGAAGCUCUCACCUUACCAACGAGCCGACAGCUGAUGGCUGUUGGUCACGACUACUACAAAAAAGCUCCAAUGAAGAUGAAUAUUUCACAUGGAGGAGUGUGCAUCUGUAUGUUGGGUGUUCUUCUGUCGUCAACUAACACAAAGAAGAUACAGUUCACUCAACGAUUGCCUUUGGGUUCCGAACUCCAUAUGGGAAAGGAGCGUUGUUGUUUGCGGGGUCUCGAUCAUUUACAUGGACCCACUUCUCAUUCCAUUUGUGGGAAUUUGAUGAUCUAUACACCGUCCCUAACGAACGAUCGGCUCAGGUUUGAGCAUGAUGAAUCACUUCGUGCCGACCUGUUGCCAAUAAACUUUCCGGCCUCAUAUGAGAAUGGAAAACUGGAGCAUUUUCUGCAUCGGUGGAUGAAGAAUCGAGAACAUAAGAAUUUAUGGUUGACCAUGUUCCCAGAAAAAAGAUACUUUCGAGAAACGACGAACACGACUGAAGUGGCUAUACAUACAAAUCCAUUUACGGAUCUAUAUGCUCCGAUUGGAACUGGAAGUUCCAGAACAGGUGGCUGGUAUACUACCAUAAUGAAACUUCCUUUUCUUUUUUUUAUUCGGAUCGGAUUUCUGUUGGCUUCGUUGGGGGGCUCGCAUAGUUUGUUACGUCAGCUCCAAAAGGAUAAGUUGCGUUGGAAUCGAAAAGGUUCCGCGGAGUUCAUAAUUGCAUAA